AUGUCCGCGCGUCUCGCCCUAAGGAAAAACUCAUCUAUUCAGUUUCGGCUAGCGAACCGUUCAAUCAUCAGUGGUUUCCCCAGUAAAGAUAGCUACUGGAUCGACUAUUUCUUCUAUGUCCCGAUAACUGAAGCAUCAGUCGGUCCCCGGUGGAUCAAUAAGAUAGUUAGAAAGUGGAGAAGAAAGGUUAUCAAUCCAUUUCCGAAGGUUCCACCAGAUUUUCUCACACUAGCAGAGUUACUAGCAUCCGAGCGUUGCAAUUGGCAGGAAGACUUUUCUCCCCAACGAAUCGAAGACGCUCGAGCCCGCUACUUCGUCGGUUCCGAUUCAUCAAACACUUCGUCGCAAGCAACCAUGGAGAAGAGACCAUCAGUUCGUGAAAGGAAGGAGGCCGAGGCACGCCGUUUGGCCGGUGAGUCCGAAGGCGGCGUCCAGAACAUGGAAGUCGAUGUCGCGGCCGCCCCUUGUCCUGGGCGUCGCUCCGAAUCCUCUGCUGGAAAUCGUCCCGGACGUCGCUCCGAAUCACCCGCUGGAAAUCGUCAUGGGCGUCGUUCCUUAUCUAUAGCCUCUUUGACGACGGAAAUGUUGCCGAAGUAA